AUGCCCAAUCGCCAGAGGAGAACACGUCAACGAAGAGCACGCAAACGUCGUCCACUUCAAUGGCUGUACGAUCGAGUGAAUGGAAUCACCGUCACGACAUUGGAUAAUGACGACGAUGAGGACGACAUGAUAGUCAACACCAAACCACCGUGUUUUUUGUGUCUUCCACCACUCACCUUGAAGGUGUGUCCUUGGUUGUUGGAACAAAAUGGAUGUUGCAUUUGUUUGGGAAGUAUGGGAUGUUGUGCGUCCAAUGAUAACUGGGCACGUGGUACCAUUUUGAAAUUGGGAGCUACCUGUAACGUGAUUGCAUUCUUGGGAAUGGUCUUGGCGACACUCUCCUUGAUGAACAAUGAAGCAACAGCCUUUGCGACUGCUACCUUGCAAGAUCAAGGGACUAGUGGAACCUUAUCCAAUAAAACUGCUGCUGGAAGCUUCGUCUUGGAAGAAAUUCAUAUUUAUUUGGGCUUGCGAGCUGCCACCUUUUCCAAUCCAAACACUUUUGGCACCACCAUUGUUCCCUAUGAUCGAUUUUGUGACGAAAAUCUUGGAUUGACUGCCUAUUUGAGUCGAGAUGAUUGUGCUGUUUGUAAGUAUACGACUCUGCAGCGCAUGAUUGCUAUAUUGGUGGCGCUGGUAGCCUUUGUUCCAACCUUUGGCAUGGACAUUACUCGUGCCUACAGCAAUUUUGAUGUCAAUUGUCAAAAGGUUGCCAGUAGUGUUCUAUCACUGAUAACUUUGGUGGGAUGCAUUGUUGCCUAUUUGCAAUUCAAUCAAUGUUUGGAUUCUUUCUUUGAUGGACCUGUGUAUUACGACAAGGAUGAUGGUGGUGGAUAUGCUGCUGCCUUGUUUGAUCCACAAAGCAAUCCGAAUGCCCAAUUCCUCAACACGGAGGGAUUGCGACAAGUCGAUUUUGAUUGGCAAGUGGGAUAUGGUUUGCUCGGCUUGUUCUUGGCCAUGACCUUUAAAUCCAUUCAUAUCAUUUGCAAUUGCUGUAUUCCAACACCAGAAAUUACACGAGUCAGGCGAGAUCAAGAAGAAUACGAGCAGCUGGCAUUGGAAGAAUCUGAAUCUGAUAAUUCCUUGUAUGGUUGGUAG